GCAGUGUACAGACUGUACUAGGUUACCACGAUCAAUGCUUUGGCAACCACUCGGUUAACCAUAGCUAAAUUAACGUUAGUGUAUGGGACGUUGACAUCAAGGACUGUAGACGCACUCCACGACGUCAGCACUUCGUACAACAUGAAGUUUCAAAGAGUCAUCAAGCAUCGCAGCCGGAGACGACGACGGCUGGGGCGAAAUGGUGUCAUCUCGCAACUUUGUAGUCAAUUCACUGAUUUGAGGAUCUAGCUCGACUUCGCGCACGGGUUCGGCACUGGUGUCAAGAACUGGUGCAAAAUCAGCACCAUUCAAGUCGCGGGGUGUCACGUCGCACUCAGACAUGGCACCUUCGAGUUGCGAAUCGACUGGUGCAGGUGAUGGUUUCUCUAGGGACGAUGUUCCAAGUGCCGUGUCGGAGGCAUCAAUGACAUCUUCAGCCACGUCGUUCCCUGCAUGUUUAGAAUUGAUGUAGUCGGUGUCUGGGCAUUCUGGGGAGUCGUGAACGCCAGUCUCCGUGGUCAGUCCAGUUGCGGCUUGCGUGGCGUUAGCUUUGCCGUGCCACUUUCGGUCUGCGGCUUCUCGAGCUUUGUUGAGGGGACGUUUGAGCCAGUACGAUCCCUUCACAUGAUGCACAUACUGACAGCUACGUUCUCGCGAUGCCUUGGCGUCGGCUGCAAUCCUCUGCAGCUGGUUGUGGACGUGCUUUCGAGUGGUGUCGUGGGAUCUCUUGGACGAUUGGUCGUGGCGAUGUUUCUGCGUGAGAAUCGCUUGGGCUCGCUGGGUCACGUCGCCGCUCUUCUCAAGCGCGUGGGUGGUUAGCCCAAGAGAUGCUUUCCGCUUGUACCAUCUCAAGUCCAUUGCCAUCGUGACUUGCGCUUUGGCUCGAUCCUGGAGCUGCCGCAUUGCCACUUUGGUCUGGGCCAGCCGGUCGUGUCGGUUCUUGGGCGGCUCCGUCAUGACGCUUCGACGCCACUCGCGCUUGAGUUGUCGUUUCAACGCGUCGUCAGCUUCCGCUUUCAUUUGCACCUUUUUCACACGGGCGUUCCAGUCGGACACUCGUUUCGCAGCAAUUUUCGCAGCAAUGCAGAUCGCGUCGUUGUCCCCACGAACGUUGCUUGCGAUUGCAGUCUCGUCCGGGCAAGGCGGGGGCGUUGGGAUCGGAUCCUCUCGACGGCGGCAGUGCUUGCGAAUCGUCGCCUCGUCGUACGAGUUGCACACGACGAGCAGCAGUGGUGGCGCCACGACGCCCUUGUCGCAAUCUGGACAGGUUGCAGUUGAAGCGAUAUCAUGGGAGUCGUGAAGUAGGCGUGGCACUGCUGUUGGCACAUCAGAGUUGUUUCGUUGCUGAACGGCACUUUCAGUGAUUAGAAUGGCAGACGUCGCCUUGCAAGGCAGGUCGUCGACAGACUUGUCGGCAACGAUCUGGUCCAACACGAUCUCAUCUGCGGACGCCUCAUGCUCAAAGUCGGCAUCAUCUCCGUAUUCGUCACAGUCAUCAGCCAUGGCAAUCACUUUUUCUGGCGGGAACACUUGGGAAGUCC